GUAAAACGCCUUCAUCAGAUUCAUGAUUGCGCUUUUUUAAUCAAAUCAAAUCCAACUAUGAAACUGUUUUGAACUGCGUAGAAAUAUCGAUUUCUCAAUCUUUGAAAGUCAUCAACUCACCCCACUCAAAUGAACCAAGCCUAUCAAGCCCACCAAAUCGAAUCAUCAAGAAAUCAAUUUACUAAUCUAAGCUACAGUAACAGGACUGUAAAUCACCCACUCCAUUCUAACCCUACAAAUUUCUCGGACCCCUUCUUUGCAGCAAUAAACCAUCAUCCGACAACUCUUUCCAGGUGUGGUUAUCAAGAAAUAACAUCAAAAUGUCAUACUCGGAAUACAAAUCAAAUAGUCUUUCAUUAGAAAUUGAUGAUCAAAGCUAUAGAAAACCAAAAGAACCAGAACUGACCCGACUAAUGUUCGAACCUACUAAUGAUCAUCAAUCCAUCACACCUAUGGCCGAAACCGAAUCACAUUUAUCAAACUCAUCAACCAUAACAAAAAAAAGAAAACAAAAAACCAAAUAUCAAUGUCCAUUUCUUAUACUUUCUUUAAUCAUUACUAUCAUUUGGUUCACGACUACUUUUUUUGAAAGCUUUUUAGUGUUGAUUAGUUCAUCUCUUGGAUUAUGGAAUCCGAAAGCUUUUAAUCAAACUGGUUUAUCAAUCUCUUAUCUUGAUGAUCCAAGUCAAUGGACAACUCUACCAAUCCCGAUUCCAAGCCUUCCAAUUCACUACGAAAUCAUUCCAUCCAACUCCACUAAUUCUUCUUCUUCCGAUCAACUAGAAGAAAAAGAAGGAUGGACAAUUGUUCUACUUCAUGGUUUAGGUUCAAUAAACGCAUCAGAUUCGUACUUCAUCAAAGAUCAUCUCAUAAACCUUAAUCCAACUUUUUUCAAGCAAGUUAGAUUUAUCAUUCCAUUUGCCAAAAGAGUAACAGUAGACGUAUGGAAUGGAGUCGAAACUCCUGCUUGGUUUAAUAUUCAUGAUUGGUCAGAUUUAAGGUCUGGUGAAGAUUCGAUUCGGAUGAAGGAAAAUGUUUUGGGAUUGGAUAGAUUGGUUCAUCAACUUGGAUUGGAUAUGAGUAAGACUUUUUUCAUGGGAUUUAGUCAAGGUGCAGUGAUGUCCCUCUUACUGAGCCUUAACGUAGAUCAACCACCAGCAGGAGUGAUCAUGCUUUCAGGUUUCUUACCUCUUCCAACCCAGCUUCCUCAAAUGAUCUUACCAAACCGAACAGGAAUAAGUUCCCUAUACUGGUUACACGGUGAAAGCGAUCCGUAUUUUCCAAUUUCAAAGGCUCAGAAUGGGUUUGAGUCUUUGGAAAGUUUAAAGUUUUUUAAAUCAUCUCGGUUUCAAAGAUUUUCGAAACUUGAUCAUCGGUUUGAUUUGCUUGAAAUUGGAUUUGUGGUUAGGUGGAUUGAACGGGUUGUUGCAGAUUAUCAUCGUUAGAGACAAUUGUUUUGACAACAACACAAAAGGAAAGAUGUGGUUUUUUUGUUUUUUUUGGUUUUUUUUCUUUGAUACAGACGUUUCAUCACAAACCUUCAGUUUACAUUUUCCCACCAAAACCUAUCUUUAAAUUAAUGUAUCAUGACGUUCUGUUUUUGAAUUUAUCUGUUAUACGAGUCUUUCUUUCUAGUUUUUCUUCUUCAUUUCUUUUCUCGAAUUAGCAAAAAACCUAACAAUCUUUCUUCUUAGCAAAAACUCUUUUUUCAAAAUUUCGACUUUCAUUCAUUUAUUUAUCUUGCAUAUUUAUUAUAAUCCGUUUCUCUAAAUUCAAUUUUUUUCUUUUUGAUUUAGGUUUUUUCUUUUCUUUUCUUUUCGAAAUAUGUAGACAUAGAUUUCUUGGAUACUUUUUUUCCUUGGUUUCAAUUUGUUUGGUCUGUAGCUUAUUCUUUUUUAAAAACUAUUUAUAUAAAGAUCGAAUUCGUAUAAUGAUGAUUUCUUUUUCUUUGAAAGAAAACCAUUUUUAACAUU